AUGGCAUCAUCAAUUGAUUUGCAUCCACCGAUUCACUGGGGACAAACAUCAUCGACAGUGUCAUUGCGUAUUGGACUCACAGAUGUGAAAUAUCCGAAGGUUGAAAUCAAUCAAGAUAGUAUAAAAUUUCAAGCGACAGGAUGCAGUGGAUCACGUGGUGAACAAUUGUAUUCAUUUGAAAUUGAACUCUAUGAGAAGGUUGACGCAAAAGCCAGCAGUUAUAAAAUUAAUGAUCGAGAAAUCAGCGUUAGUUUACAAAAGAAGAAAAACGAUAACAAUAGUAAUGUAUGGCCACGUCUAACUAAAGCAUCUGCUAAACUACCUUGGUUAAAGGCGGAUUUUGAUAGAAUGACGUUUAGUGAAGAUGACUCGGACAAUGAACAAAAGAAAUCGAUGUUUAAUAAGAAUUUUAAUGAGGAUAUGUAUAAAUCUUUGCGGCAAGAUCCUCGCAAAGCUAGAACAAAAGGUUUUCUUGACCAUCGAACAAACUGGUUACUUUUUUACAAUCUAUUUCAAUUCAUCGCUUAUUUCUGGGUAUUUACUCGUUUAACAAUGCAUCUCAUUACACGCGGAAAUCUUAAAAACGGUUAUAAAGUAGUUGAAAAUCCAAUUAAAUUAUGCCAAACCUUAGCCAUUCUCGAAACUAUUCAUCCUUUAAUUGGUUUUACUAAAGGCGAUUACUUAGUUCCAUUUUUUCAAUUUCUCUUUCGCAAUUUAAUUCUCUUUGUUGUUAUCAAUUUCAAUCGUCAAAUUCAAACAUCGCCCAUUGUUCCCUGUCUACUUUUCGUUUGGAGUUUCGUUGAAAUGUUCCGCUAUCCAUACUAUGGUAUUCGACUUUUAAACAAAGAAAAUCGUGCAAUAACUUGGUUUCGCUAUACAUUCUGGAUCGUUCUUUAUCCACUAGGCGCAUUUAUCGAAGGAUUGAUUAUUUAUAAAAGUCUGGAUCAUUAUCGUUCCCAAGGUUAUUUCAGUAUAACAUUACCAAAUCGAGCCAAUUUCGCUUUCAACUUUGUGCUUUUUCUUCAAAUCUAUUUAGUUUUAAUGCCAUUUGAUAGACGAGCCAUGGUUGCUCCUCCGAAUCUUCCUACUGAUAAGAUUUUCCGAAGAUUAUUAUCUUCAACAGAGAAAUUAGUUGAAGAAAAAGCUAUUGAAGAUUGGAAAGUUCACCAAUUUGCUCAAGCGCUGACCGACAUGUUAAACGACGUGCACAAAUGGGCAAAUUUUCCCAGUUCAAAACAGUUGAAAAACUACAAAGAAAGAGUAGAUCGAUUGCGUCAAACAGUCGAUCCAGUUAAAUUGGAAGAUCAAACAUUUCCACAAAACUUACCCGAGCCGAGACAUGUCGACGUGCCGCUAGAAAAACAUCAAGCAGAAAUUCCAUCUUCUUCAAUUUCUUUGAGUGAAAAUGAAAAACAGCACACUACAUUGAAAAAAUUCGAACGUCCAAAUCUCAAUCGACAACAGCAAUACAUCCAAUCAGAAGAAGAUAAACAAGAUGACAUAGCAACAUCGAUGAGACAAACCACUAAAAGUCUUCUUCACAGUGCACAACGUCUAAAUGAUAUCGUCAAAGACGAUCAAAAAAAACUUGUCGAAGCGGAGAACUUGAUUGAUACCAACACCGCUAAACUUCAUGUUCAGGGCAGACGCUUGAAACACAAUGCUUACAAUGUUUCGAAUUGUUGGAUUUAUCUAAUGUUAAUUGCUGUUCUUGUAACUUUUAUCUAUUUAACUUUAUUCAUGCGAAUGUUUGGUAAACGCACCAAAUCAAUCGUUUAUUCGACUAAAGACUCGAAAUCAAGUUAUGAUAAUAAUUUGAUCAAUCAGAGCACAAUCAAUAGUACGAAUAUCACAACAACGAAAUCGACAGACUACAUAAGUUUAUUGUUAAAUUAUGCGAAUGAAAAUCAUACCGAUUUGUAA